AUGCAAAACAUCAUCGAUGAGGAGGUCCGCAAGAUGGAAGAAGCCGGUAUUAUCGAGCCAUCAACCAGCGCAUGGAGCUCCCCGGUGGUCAUAGUGCGAAAAAAGGACGGAAAACACCGUUUUUGUAUUGACUUCCGGAAGGUAAACGAAGUCACCGAGCGAGAUGCGUACCCACUACCGCAAAUCCCCGCCACACUGGACAAGCUGCGCGGGGGCCGAUACCUCACUACGCUCGACCUACAGCAAGGAUAUUGGCAGAUUCCACUCACGCCCGAUAGCCGGCCAAUCACCGCAUUCACCGUUCUGGGCCGGGGCCUAAUGCAGUUCACCGUCAUGCCUUUCGGACUGCAUUCGGCUCCGGCGACGUUCCAACGUUUGCUCGACCGAAUACUGGGCCCCGAAUUAGAACCUCACGUGUUCGUCUAUUUGGACGACAUCAUCGUGACCAGCGCAACAUUAUCCGACCAUCUGCAGCACCUGCAGGAAGUUUUUCGGCGACUACGCCAAGCCAAGCUCCGGUUAAAUCCGGAGAAAUGCCAGUUCUGUCUCAACGAACUUAAAUACCUGGGCCACAUCGUGGAUGGCCAGGGAAUCCGCACCGACCCCGACAAGGUUCGCGCCGUCGCACAGUGGCCCACCCCGACAAACGUACGACAAGUCCGACAAUUCGUGGGACUCACGUCAUGGUACCGCUGCUUCACACCUAGCUUUUCCGAGACCGCCGCACCACUCACCCGCCUCACGCGAAAGAACGCCCGAUGGACGUGGGGACCCGACGAGGAGGCCGCUUUUCGCGAGCUCAAGCGCGCACUAACCUCCGCACUCACCCUCGCGUGCCCAGAUUUCUCGCGCCGGUUCGUCCUCCAUACAGACGCCAGCACGUACGGUCUUGGCGCCGUCUUCUCGCAGCAUUUUGACGAGGGGGAGCGCGUCAUCGCGUACGCCAGCCAAUCGCUCAACGGCGCAGAGAAGAACUACAGUGCCACCGAGCUCGAGUGCCUGGCCGUGGUGUGGGGCAUCCGGCAUAUGCGCGGUUACCUGGAGGGAUACGAAUUUACGGUCGUCACUGACCACCAGGCCCUCCAGUGGCUGCGUCGCCUGGAUUCCCCCACCGGCCGACUCGGCCGAUGGGCACUCGAGCUCCAACAGUACACCUUCGACGUCCGCCGCAUACUCCAUUCGACCAACUUUAAGGACGAACCCGCCGAGACACAAUGGAAGCGAUGCAUACCUCGCGACGAAAGAGGGGCCGUGCUGACACGGGUACACGACAACCCUGCCGCCGGACAUCUCGGCAUCGCUAAAACCAUUGCCCGAGCCGCGCAAUAUUACUAUUGGCCGGGGAUGUUCUCCGAUAUCGCGCGUCACGUACGGGCGUGCGCCAAUUGCCAGGCGCACAAGAGUGCCCAGGUCCGACCGGCCGGACUGAUGCACGCAACCCACGUGGAAAUGCUUUGGGAACAGGUCACCACCGACCUAGUAGGACCUCUCCCGCGGUCCACCAACGGAGCCGCUUGGCUACUGGUGUUGCAAGACCGCUUCACCAAGUGGGUGGAGUUGGUGCCGCUGCGACGAGCAACCGCUACCGCCAUCGCCCAGAACAUUACGGACUGCGUCGUCUAUCGCCACGGUUGCCCCGAGACCCUGAUCUCCGACAACGGGACGCAGUUCGUGGCGGGGCACGUGCGCGAACGACUGCGCGACCUAGGCAUCCGCCACCAGACGGCUCCAGUACACGCUCCUCACUGCAACCCCGUCGAGCGGACCAACAAGAAGGUCAAAACAAUGAUCGCACAAUUCGUCGGCCGGGAUCACCGCCGCUGGGAUCAGCACAUCCCGGCACUGCAAUUUGCAUAUAAUACCGCCGUCCACGAUGCCACCGGCUACACGCCCGCUUACCUGAACUACGGGCGGGAACUCGAGGCGCCACCACGGGACCCAGACGCGAGACACGCGCCGACAACCGCUCCAGCCGCCAACCAGCGACGACUCCAGGAGGCAUACGAGGUGGUCCGAACGAACCUCGCCCGGGCCUUCAACCGCCAGGAACGGUAUUAUAAUUUAAGGAGACGUGCAUGGAAACCCGCCAUAGGGGACAUAGUCUGGAAAAAAGACCAUCCUCUCUCGAACAAGGGCAAAGCCUUCAAUUCAAAGUUAGCACCCAAAUACGUCGGACCGUUGGAGGUCCGAAAAAUCCAUUCUCCAGUCAUCGUCGAUCUACGGGACAAACGUGGCAAGUGGCACCGACACGUGCAUGUGCAGGACCUUAAGCCUGGUCCCCGGUACGAACGCACCCGAGGAGCGGACGACGCAGAGACGGACCUUGGGGAAGCAGCCGACGCGGAAGCAGACGACGCGACCGCAGACGACACCGAGGUAGACGCCAUGAUGGACGAUGGCGGGACCGAUGAAUCCGGAGCAGACGACGCCGACGAUGAUGAUGCAGGAACGUACGACGACCCGGCCAGCAACGGGGCUCGUGCCGAUCACGCCCGGACGGCGUGA